CUACCCCUUUUGUUGUGUUCCACAUCACGUGAAUGAGCUUUUGCUAUUCGCACCACCAAUUCCCACGAACCCGGAACUCUGACACAUUUUUAUAUUCACUAUUCUCCGAACCUAAAAACCCCAAAACCCUGAAACCAAAAAACAUGAGCGGUAUCAUUCUAAAGAACCGCUCUAACGUUUCCCAUUUCAUCAUGUUACAGAGACAAUCAAUGUUCAUAAACCAUUCCUGUAAUCCAAUCAGAGUUCAUUCUUUUCUCUCUAACAAACGAUUACCGGAUUUUGUCAAGAAACCCAAACAAUAUGAAAUUUCUCCGUCUUUGUUUUCUUCUUCAUUUUGUUCUUCUCCGUCUUCUUCUACUUCAACAGCUUCCGUUUCGAAAGUUGGUUUUGUAGGUUGGUAUUUGGGGAUGAUUAAGUCACGCCCUAUUCUCACUAAAAGUGUUACUUCUGCACUCAUUUAUACCGCCGCUGAUUUAUCCUCCCAGACUAUCGAGUGGCAACCUUCAAAAUCUUAUGAUUUUAUAAGGACUUUACGCAUGGCGGGAUAUGGGAUGAUCAUUUUAGGACCAACACUACAUUUCUGGUUCAAUUUUGUGUCAAAGCUUUUCCCAAAGAGGGAUCUUUUCUCUACAUUGAAGAAAAUGGUCAUGGGCCAGACACUCUAUGGACCUGCCAUGACUGUUAUUUUCUUCUCCUCGAAUGCUGGUGUGCAAGGUGAAAACGGUAAAGAGAUUGUUGCCCGUUUAAAGCGCGAUUUGCUUCCUACUUUGUUAAAUGGAGUCAUGUACUGGCCCAUUUGUGAUUUUAUUACUUUUAGAUUCAUUCCUGUCCAUUUACAGCCGUUAGUCAGCAAUUCAUUUGCGUACUUGUGGACCAUUUAUAUGACCUAUAUGGCAGGCCUGGAGAAAGCCGAGAUAACUAGCUGAUUGUUGUUGGUAGUUCACGACUGAGAUUCGAACUGACUAUACUCUUCAGUUUAUCUGGAAGCUGCGCUGCAUUAUACAAACAAAUCUUUUGGGUGUCUGCUGAGAAUUCCGAUCUCACGCUAUGGCUAUACUACUACUACUACUAAUCAGGACCCACGGUUGAAACCUUUUUUGUUUCUUACAUUUGUUCCUCAAUUGUAUUGUUUGUUUCUUAUAUGAAUAGACCAAUUUGUAGAACAGCAGAAGCUAUUAUAGAGUUUCUAUUACUGAAAUUUAUAUUUAUUUAUCUGAAGACAUUUUUUAGUCAUAA